AUGAUUUGCACGAAGGAGGAGAAUCUCCUUUCAAGGAAGGAGGCAAGUCUUGGAACUAGCAUUGGACUAUUGUUACUACUUAUUUGUGCAUGCUGGGGCAUACAAAGUCAUAAGGAAACAGAGAGACAUCAGGCGCAAGAAAAUAAAGAGGUAGAGAAGUCCACCGACAAUUUUAGCGAGGAUAGGAAUCUUGGCCAGGGAGGUCAAGGUACUGUUUACAAAGGUAUGCUGGCUGAUGGAAGAAUUGUUGCUGUGAAAAAGUCUAAAAUAGUGGACAAAGGCGAACUUUCAGAAUUCAUCAAUGAGGAACAUCGUCUAUUUGACAUACUCGAUGCUCGAGUUUUGAUGGAGGGUUCUGAAACAGAGAUCAAGUUAAUUGCUAACCUUGCCAAAAGAUGCUUGAGUUUGAAUGGAAGGAACCGCCCUACAAUGAGAGAGGUCACAGCGGAGUUGGAGGCCCUUGAAAUUUCAGAAAAGACUGAAUAUUCUCCACAAAAGUUUGAACGGAGUGAAUUUUCGAAAAAAGAUUCAAUCGAGCAUUGGGAUGUUAUUAUAGGUCCAACAGGAACAUGGUCAGCUUCAGAUGAUGGUCCAACUUCGUCAUUACUUUAA